AUGAGCGGUGGAUCUGCCUCAUACCUCAAGCCCGACAUCUCCUCAUCGACACAGAAUAUUCAGUGGCAGGUCAAUGCUCCCCUUGCUGGUUCACAGUAUGCCAUGUCUCUUCGCAGAGAGUGGUCACAGAACCCACAACCUUUUUCGCAACGCUACGCGCCCCAAGACCGUCCUGCCGCGACUGAGGAAGCCCGUACCCUGUCCCUCGCAAGCACUUCGACACUUCACAUCCCCUCACUGUACCGACGCAUUCACUGCCUCCUCGCUGGGCCACGAGCAACAGUUGAGCAGCGAAACGAAAAGCAAAAGCCCCGCACCGAUGCCGACUACGAACAAGACCGCUGA